UAUGGGACAGAGAAGUUACAAUAAGCGGAGGCAGAGGUUGAAUAAGGCAGAGAUCAGAGAAAAACCUCCUUCAGCCCCUUUAAGCUCAUUAGUCAAGACUUUUUUUGAGCUCUCACUUGAUUAGCACGACCAAUAAAUUGUUGAAAUAUUGCAAUACAGAAGAAUUAUGUUGAAGCUGCUGGCUUUGUGUCUCUUAACUUCUUUGAUGUAUGUUCAAAUUGCUGACGCCAGAAUUCGGUAUUACAAAUGGGAGGUAAAGUAUGAGUACAAGUCCCCAGAUUGCUAUAAGAAGCUAGCUAUCACCAUCAAUGGCGGAACUCCAGGACCCACAAUCUUGGCGCAGAAAGGCGACACCGUCAUUGUUGAGGUCAAGAACAACCUUAUGCUAGAGAACCUUGCAAUCCAUUGGCAUGGAAUCCGACAGAUUGGAUCACCUUGGAGUGAUGGAACAGAGGGGGUGACCCAAUGUCCAAUAUUUCCUGGAGAUACCUUCAAAUACGAGUUUAAAGUUGAUAGGCCUGGGACUUACCUGUACCACGCGCACUAUGGAAUGCAAAGAGAAGCAGGGCUUUAUGGAUCAAUCCGUGUAUCACUUCCUGAUGGAGAGAAAGAACCGUUUGCCUAUGAUUACGAUCGGAGCAUCAUCCUUAACGAUUGGUACCACAAAAGCACCUAUGAACAAGCCACUGGAUUGUCCUCCAUUCCUUUUGUCUGGGUUGGGGAGCCUCAGUCGCUUCUUAUUCAAGGAAAAGGAAAAUUCGACUGCUCUAGUGUACCCUCUUCAUCCGGGCUUUGUAAUGCAUCCAAUCCAGAAUGCUCUCCUUAUGUCAUGACUGUAAUCCCCGGGAAAACGUACCGACUAAGAGUCUCUAGCUUGACUGCUCUAUCAGCCCUUAGCUUUCAAAUAGAGGGUCAUAAUAUGACUGUGGUUGAGGCCGAUGGGCACUAUGUGGAGCCAUUUGUGGUGGAAAAUCUAUUCAUAUACUCUGGAGAGACAUAUUCUGUCCUUAUAAAAGCCGAUCAAGAGCCUUCAAGAAAUUAUUGGAUGACAACAAACGUGGUUAGCCGACUUCCUAAUACCACAGCCGGUUUAGCCAUUCUCAAUUACUAUCCAAAUCAUCCAAGGCGAUCCCCUUCAACAGUUCCACCGGCCGGCCCCAUGUGGAAUGCCACCGCACCCAGAUUGGCACAAAGUCAAGCCAUUAAGGCUCGCCAAGGUUUCAUAUCCACCCCUCCAGCAAUUUCAGACAGAGUCAUCGUGUUUCUUAACACACAGAAUCUCAUCAAUGGUUAUACGCGUUGGUCCGUAAAUAAUGUCUCUUUCACCCUCCCCCAUACACCUUACCUUGUUGCACUGAAGUACAACUUACGCCACGUGUUCAAUCAGUCCCCACCACCUACAGGGUACGACUUUGUGAACUACAACAUUGACAGCGUCCCUGCAAACAAGAAUGCCACUUUGAGCGAUGGCAUUUAUCGGCUACAGUUCAACACGACAGUGGAUAUUAUACUGCAAAAUGCAAAAUCCAUGAGCAAUACCACCAGUGAGACACAUCCAUGGCAUCUACACGGCCACGAUUUUUGGGUCCUUGGCCACGGAACUGGCAAGUUUGACAUAUAUAACGACCCAAAGAAAUACAACUUAGUGAAUCCAAUCAUGAAGAACACAGUGCCUGUUCAUCCCUUAGGCUGGACUGCUUUGAGGUUUAAGGCAGAUAAUCCGGGUGUUUGGCUUUUCCAUUGCCAUAUAGAGUCUCACUUCCACAUGGGUAUGGGAGUGGUGUUUGAAGAAGGGAUAGAGAAGGUGGGAAAUUUGCCUUCUUCUAUUAUGGGUUGCGGUGAGACCAAAGGAUUGGGCAAGCCAUAGAUAAUUAAGAUGAUAUUUUCGGUGAACCUAUAUGCAUUGGUUUACCACAUACAGAACAUCAAUUAGAGAGCCAUGGAGUGUCAAUUUUCUGCAAGUAUUCUUUUAAUUUUUUGGGGAGUCGAUCAGGCCAAGGCUCUACAUUGCUUUUUCUUUCACUUAGAGGGGAUUUUUGUGCUUUGGUUGAAAAAUUGUGUUGACUUUAUUAAGGACAAUGAGGUUACUAUCUUAAAAUCUAAGUGACGUUACUACUAUUGAGAAUUGAAUCUAUUGGAUGAGCCAAGUGACGUUACUGCCAUUGAGAAUUGAAGUUAUUGGAUGACCUUAAAAGCCAAGCCGUUUCUACUAUUAAUUGAGAAUUGAAGUUAUUGCAUUGGGAAGCCUAGCUACUUCUACUGUUACUGUCUUGACAUAAUGUCCUAGCGAGAAUAUUGACAGCAAUGUAUAUAUUUCAAUUACACAUAAAUGUUUUGUAAACUUUAUACUUUUAUUCUCUUUGUAUUAAUUAUUGUAGUUUGUACCCAAGUAUAAAUAUGAAGCUACACCCAAAGCAUUUCUUGGGCUGUUUUAUCACAACAA